AACUCCUCACCGAUGCGCGUCGGUUAAAAUAUCGAUAAAUAUCGGUCGUAAUCGACAAUCCUACCGAGUACCGUCCUAUAUCCAUCGGUAGUGUCUGAUCGACAGACAUUUAGAACAAUUUAGAAAAUUAUUGGUUAUAAAAGUUUCAAUUAGUGACUCCGGCUCUGACUUGUGAAUAUUUUUCUGUUCAUGUAUUUUUAUGGCCGAAGAAUAUUUAAUAUGGGACCUAUUAAAUAUAGAAAAUAGAGUAAGACAAGUAAGACGUCGAGAGGAGAAAAGAGCCUGGCGCGAUAUAAACGAUUCAUUUGAACUACAUAACGAUGUGUUUACUAAUUUAUUUCGUUUAUUAUCGGACACUGUAUUGGAAUUACUAGAUACUUUAAGACCUAGAUUACGACGAUUGCGGCCAUGGGAUUUCACCAGAACGACAGCUAAUUUAACUAAUACACAAGUUUGCAACGGCUUCAAAGUUUACGCAAAGGCUUCCCGGACUAUUCAAUCAUUGAAUGAUAAAUCCUCAGAUUUGAACAUGCUCCCCAGGGUUUAGAGAAAAACUAACGACGGCAUCAUGUUCAGCAGGUCAAAAUCCUAUAGAAAUGAUGUGUUUUGUUCAUUCCCCAUGAUGGGUCAAAAUCAAUACUUUUUACCCAUUGUUCUGUCACUAGCAACCCAAAAAAAGAAAAGAAAAAGAGAAACCCCUAUAAAGAUUUCACAUAAAAUGAAAUGCAGAUAUCAAUCUUAAUAUUUUUCAAAAACUGACAAAAUUGAGUAUUUAAGUCUAUGAGUAUGUAAAUCCAUUAAAAAUUGGCGGAACUACUUAUGAUGUUCAUAUAUGAAUAAUUAUCAGUUGUAACAUUUCUUUUCUUCAUUUAUAUAUAAAUCAUCACCAGUGAACUGAUUAAGUCUAUAUAUUCA